AGAAAUUUGGAGCAGAUGUUUCCUGGUUAUCACGACUUGAGGCUUGUCUGAAGACGUUGUCUGGAAAGAUCAGGUUGUGCAGAAACAGCUGAGUGUUGAAAUCUUUCAAUCCCUGCUCUCUGAGGCUCAACGGUUAGCUUAACGGUAAGCUUGUGCCAAGCCGGUUCGAUCUUCAAGGCAAGAAUUGCAUCUGAGCUAUCAUUUCAUAAAAGAAACCGAACAGAAUGGGUGAGGCGUCGAAAAAGAAGGAGAUUUUUACGUAUGAAGCUCCAUGGGAGAUCUACGGAAUGAGCUGGAGUGUUCGUCCUGAUAAGCGAUUUAGAAUAGCAGUUGGCAGCUUCAUCGAAGAAUAUAGCAACAAAGUUCAGAUUAUUCAAUUGAACGAGAACAAAGGUCAAUUUCAGGAGACGGCAAUUUUUGAUCAUCCAUACCCAACAACCAAGAUCAUGUGGAUCCCAGACAAAGUUGGAACCCAAAAGGAUCUGCUUGCAACUACUGGGGAUUACCUGAGAUUAUGGGAAGUUCAAUCCGGCGCGUCUUCUAGCAAUUCUUCUGUGGCCAUGAAGAAGCUCCUGAAUAAUAAUAAGAACAGUGAAUUUUGUGCUCCAUUGACUUCGUUCGACUGGAACGAUACGGAUCCGUCCAUCAUCGGCACCUCUUCUAUCGACACGACAUGCACGAUUUGGAACAUCGAGACCGGACAAGCUAAGACACAGUUGAUAGCUCACGACAAAGAAGUCUAUGACAUCGCAUUUGCAUGCGGCACAGAAGUGUUCGCGUCUGUUGGUGCUGACGGCUCUGUCCGUCUGUUUGAUCUCAGGAGCUUGGAACACUCUACAAUCAUUUACGAAAGCUCAACUCCACCAGAUGCGCCCCCUCUGCUCCGUCUGGCUUGGAACAAACAAGAUACGAAUUAUCUUGCCACUUUCAUGAUGGACAAUACAUCAGUGGUCAUUUUGGACAUCCGAGUUCCUUCGCUCCCUGUCGCGGAGCUCCAAGGACAUGAGCAGAGUGUCAACGCUAUCGCGUGGGCACCGCAUUCCCACUGCCACAUCUGCUCGGCCGGCGAUGAUGCACAUGCCUUGAUCUGGGACCUGCAAGCGCUUCCUCGAGCCAUUGAAGAUCCUAUCCUUGCUUACAAGGCCAUGGGUGAGAUCAAUCAACUUCAGUGGUCUGCCUCUCAGCCGGAUUGGGUUGCCAUCGGUUUCGGACAACAGAUGCAGAUCCUCAGAGUCUGA